AUGACUCAGCGAACUAGGAGCGUGGGGGGUCAGAACAAACUCCUCUCCAAGAUACAGAUACAGUUCGAAAAAAAUUUCUCACCUCAGCACCCUCUGGCGAGUUACGAAGAUUAUGGUGGUGUCGCCGCCCAGGAUGAAGACUUUGGCGGAGCACACCUCUCCAUCCGGGACCGCCAGGGCAACGCCAUAUCCGUAACUGCGGGCUUAAACCACGAGUUCGGCUGCAAAUACUGGACCAGCUCGGGAAUCUUGCUGAACAGCUACAUGAACGCUUUCUCGAAUCCAAGUGGAGCAUACUCGAAGCCUCCUUCGAGUACAAACCUGAUGCUGGCAGGCAAGCAGCCCCUCACCUCCAUGAUGCCGUCCGUGAUCACCAACACCACCGGCGGCAGACACAUGCUGCACGCCGUCUUCGGCAGCAGCGGAGGGACGGCCGGUAUUUCAGCGAUGGCUCAGGCUAGUUUACUGUACAAGAUGGGUCACACGGUGGAAGAGCGGACCGUGUUCACGUCGAGCGCCACAGCGAUCGUGACUACGGCUCGAAACUCGUGGAUGGCGCCUGUGGAUACCGAGCACACAGACGGCAGCACUGCGGGUUUCCAUUACGAGCAUCCCGUCAUCAAGAACGACAGGCUUGAUUGAUCUCACAAACGAACUCCCGC